CUUGUUAGGUUGACUGAUAGAGAGAAUGGGAUGAAACGGUUCCUAUCUUUCUACAUAUGCUCUGCUGCUAUGAAAAGGCGUUUACAGCAAGGGUGCAGGAAGUGUAUAGGGCUGGAUGAGACAUUUUUUAAGGGAAUUUGUAAAGGUCAACUGUUGGUAAAGAUGGAAACAAUCAAAUGUUUCUAAUUUCAUGGGCAGUAGUUGGUACUGAAAGCAAGGAUACAUGGAGAUAGUUCAUGAUGAUUUUGAGAGGAGAUCUGAACUUAGGAGCUGGUUCUCAAUUUACUAUCAUCAGUGAUAUACAAAAGGGACUAAUAGCUGCUUCUGAAGAAAUUUUUCCUGAAUGUGAGCACGGGAUGUGUGCUAGGCACAUCUUAUCAAAUUGGUCACAAAGCUGGAGAGGCAUAGAGAGAAGGAAGAGAUUCUGGGGUUGUGCUAGAGCAACAUUUGAGUCAAAUUUUAAGCACAAGCUUGAUAGUCUAGCCAGGUUGGGUAAAGGUAUUGUAGAGGACCUCAUCAAGUACAACAAAGAGAAAUGGUGCAAAGCAUAUUUCCAAACUUUCUCCAAAUGUGACAGUGUGGAUAAUAACAUGGCAGAAAGUUUCAAUGCAUAGAUCUUGGGACCAAUACAUAAAACUAUUAUUUCAAUGUUGGAAGAAAUCAGAAUUAAGGUGAUGAACAGAAUUUCUAAGUCAAGAACAUUUGCUGAAACCUGGACAGAUGAUAUAUCUCAAAUGGAAAUGAUGGUGUUCAAUUUGAAUGUAGAGAGAUCAAUGUAAUGCAACAUUGAUUGGAAUGGUGAUGAAGGAUUUGAAGUGUUAGAAGGGUUAUACAGGCAUACUGUGAAUUUGGGACAAAAGAAGUGUAGCUGCAGAUCAUGGGAAUUGAAGGGCAUCUCAUGUGCCCAUGCUAUUGCAUCAAUGAACCAUUUGAAUAUGGAUGUAUCACAAGAAAUUUCAAGCUGGUACAGAAAAGAUACAUAUUUGAAAGCUUAUUCUAGCUUUAUUCAACCAGUUCCUAACAUGAAAAUGUGGCCAGGGAGUACAAAUCCAAUUGUGGAGCCACCUGAAGUGAGAAAGAUGCCUGGUAGACCUCCUAAGAACAGAAAAAAAGAGAUUGGAGAAGUGAGAAAAGCUGGUAAGUUGCCUAAGUAUGGGAUAACAAUGACAUGUUCAAUCUGCAGAGCAGCCAAUCAUAACAAAAGGGGUUGUCCAAAAAAUCCUAUGCCUAAGACCAAAUCAAGACCCACACUAGAGUGUGCUGAACCCUCACAACAGUCCUCUAAUGGAACUAAAAGUAGUAGAGGUCAAUAUGAAAGAGCAACUACUAGCAGUAAAGGUGGAGGAACAAGUACUAGAGGUAGAGGAACAAGUCCUAGCAGUAGAGGAGCAGGUGCAAGAAGUGGUUACAAGAGACCGAGGGUUGUGGGACAAGGUGUAUUUGUUGCUGAAACUGGAUAUACUUCAAUUAAUGUAAGUGUCCUCUUACAUUUUUAAUCUUGUAUUUUCAAAA